GUGAAAAUGGCUUCUGUUCAGUGGCACUCUCGUAGUCGCAAAUAUGAAUAUGAGAGGCAGAUGUGUCGCCUGGAGGCUUCAGCUGUGGAAUUCAGUGACUAUCAUCCACUCAAAGCAAUCACGGUGACAGAUUCUAAAUCUCGCCGUAGUGUGCGUAAAGGCAGCACAUCUUCAUCCUCCUCCUCCUCCAGUUCUGUUGCUUUAGAUCCGCUUAGCUCUAUGCUGGAUGGGACCGACCCGCUGUCCCUGUUUGCUGCGACAUCUGACAUUCCAACUCUUCCGCACAGCAUCUCUGCUGGGGAGUUGGGCAGGAAACGUAAAGAUCAAGAGGAGGAGGUGGGCUCAGACUUUGAGCCUUGGUCAUCUAAGCGUGGAGAGAUUCUGUCCAGAUUCACCACCACAGAGAAGCUCUCAAUAAACCUCUUCAUGGGCUCAGACAAAAGUAAAGCAUCCAGCCCCAGCUCAGCCGUGUCAGAUAAGGUACGAACGCGCCUGGAGGAACUGGAUGAUCUGGAGGAGGGCUCUCAGAGGGAGCUGUUGAAUCUGUCCCAGCAAGACUAUGUGAACCGCAUAGAAGAACUCAACCAGUCUCUCAAAGAGGCCUGGGGUUCAGACCAGAAAGUCAAAGCCCUGAAGAUCGUCAUCCAGUGCUCUAAACUGCUGUCAGAUACUUCAGUCAUUCAGUUUUACCCCAGCAAGUUUGUCCUCAUCACAGAUAUCCUGGACACGUUUGGUGGUCUGGUAUAUGACAGGAUCUGGUCCAUGUGUGCUGAGCCUCAUCCCCUACCAGAGUCAUUCUGUGCGGAUGAUGUGAAUGACACGGCUAAAGAAACGUGUCUCAACUGGUUCUUUAAGAUCGCCUCCAUCAGAGAGCUCAUCCCUCGACUAUAUGUUGAAGCUGCUCUUUUGAAAUGCAACCGUUUUCUGACUAAAUCUGGUAUUCAGGAAACAUUGCAGAGAUUAACGGCGAUGAUUAGAGGAAUUGGAGACCCGCUGGUGGCCGUAUAUGCACGAGCGUACUUAUGCAGGGUGGGGAUGGAGGUUGCUCCACAUCUGAAGGACAGUCUAAACAAGAACUUCUUCGACCUGCUGGCUACGUUUCGUCAGAUACAUGGGGACAGUGUUCAGAAUCAGCUGACACAGCAGCGCGUGGAGAUUCCCAUCUAUCUGACCCUUUAUUCUCCUGCCAUACACUGGAUCCUGCAGUGUGUGGCUUACAGAGCACCUGAGGUACUGCUGACAGAGAUGAUGGAGAGAUGCAAGAAGUUGGGAAACAACGCUCUUCUGCUAAACUCUGUCAUGUGGGCGUUCCGGGCUGAAUUUGUGGCUACGAGAGCUACAGACUUUAUCGGCAUGAUCAAAGACUGUGAUGAAGCAGGAUUUCCUAAGCACUUGUUGUUCGCAUCUCUGGGCCGCAGUCUGUCCUGUGCCGAUCCUCCAGAGAACGAGAGACUUUCAAUACUCAAUGAAGCAUGGAAGGUCAUUACAAAAGUGCGAAGUCCACGGGAUUAUAUGAGCUGUGCAGAGAUCUGGGUGGAGUUCACCUGCCGUCACUUCACCAAACGGGAGGUGAACACGGUUCUUGCUGACAUCAUCAAACACAUGACUCCAGACAGAGCGUUUGAAGAUGCUUAUCCACAGCUGCAGUCUGUGAUACAGAAGAUUGUAACCUACUUCCAUGAUUUUUCUGUGCUCUUCUCUAUGGAGAAGUUCCUGCCAUUUCUGGACAUGUUUCAGAAAGACAGUGUCAGGGUGGAGGUCUGUAAAUGCAUCAUGGAGGUCUUCAUCAAACACCAGCAGGAGCCGACGAGAGACCCGGUCAUACUGAACGCUCUGCUGCACAUCUGUAAGACCAUGCACGACUCUGUCAAUGCUUUAACUCUCGAUGAUGAGAAGAGAUCUCUUGCUCUGCUUAUCAAUGGAUUUAUACGUAUGGUGUCAUUUGGGAGAGAUUUUGAGCAGCAGUUGAGUUUCUGUGUGGAAGCCCGGGCCACGUUCUGUAACCUGGAGCCCGUUAUCAUUCAUCUGAUACAUACGGUCAAUCAAUUAGCCAUGGAGACCAAUCGUGUGAUGAAAGGAAAUCACUCACGAAAAACAGCUGCUUUUGUUAGGGCAUGUGCUGCCUAUAGUUUCAUCACCAUUCCCUCCCUCACGAGUAUCUUCAGCCGUCUGAAUCUUUAUCUACUGUCAGGACAGGUAGCGCUGGCCAACCAGUGUCUGUCCCAGGCUGAUGCAUUUCUAAAGGCAGCCGUCAGUCUUUUGCCCGACGUUCCACGUACUAUCAGUAUCGAGGGUAAACCGCGUUCAUCAGAGCCUUUUCUUCUCGACCUCAUUAAUAACUUCCUCUCCACGCUGCUGGUGGUGCCGGAUCAUCCCGAGCAGGGUGUUUUGUAUCUGGUGCGAGGGCUGUUAAACAUGGUGCAGGAUUACACCUGGGAGGACAACAGCGACGCUAAAGUCCGCGUCUACAUCAGCGCUUUGCCAUUACUGGCAGCAAUGAGUCAGGAAACCUACCUAUACACCAUUCCUAAAGUGGAUUCAAAUGAAACUCUCUAUGGAGGAGAUCCAAAGUUUAUAGCUGAGAUCAACAAGUUGUGCGAGACUCUGAUUGUUCAGGUUCUGGAUCAUUUAAAGGGUCUGGGGCGUGAUGACGGGGUGCGCAGGCAGGGCGGUCUGGCGUUAUCUCUGUUCGGCUGUCUGUUGGCUCAUGGUGAUCUGCGCAACAACAAACUCAAUCAGUUAACUGUCAACCUGUGGAACCUGAGCCACAAACACGGCUACUGUGACACGCGCACCUCGGUUCGGACAUUAGAGUACAUCAAACAGCAGUCUCAACAACCUGACCUGGGUCAUCUCUCUGAUAUAAUCACACGUCUAUCCAGAGCUCGAGACGUUUUGAUGAACGAGUGACCAUCACACCUUUCAGACUUUAUGUGGCUUCAGGUGAUGUCCAGAGCAGGUUCUUGAUGGUUGGAGAGGGAUAAGACAACGUUUCUUGUUCAGAAAUUGAGAUGCAUUAUGAAAUGGAUCAUUGAACCAACCUGUGGUGGUACCCUGCAUAAGCACAGUAUGCAUCACAAAUGCUUUUUGACUUUACAUUAAUUAGAAAUAAUACAAUUAUCAUUCAUUUCUCAUUUUCUGAAAAUAGUUGGUUGUCUACAUUGUCAGUUUGCACUUGUUUUGUACAGUUGUUGACCAGGUAUCAUCUAAAAUACUCUCACCAAACUAUGGUUUAAAGACAGAUGAUAGAUGUGUUUGGUUAUUUUAAUUGUGACUUUCUCUGGAUAAGUUACUAUCAGCAUUGCAAGGUGUAACAUGCUCAAAAAUAUUCCUCAUGUCAAAGGUUGCUGCAGUAUAGUUAGACACAUGCUUUAAAACAGGACAUAGUCACAGUUGUUCCUUAUUUGUACCAGUUAAUCGUUUUCAUAUGUCCUUUAUUCUUGUUGGUGCUGUCCUUAACAAAAGUAUCUUUGUUCUGUAUCUAUAACAUGAUUAAGGAUCUCCCAAUGUUAAACGGCUAUUUAUAUUGAUGAAUGAAAAAACAUGGUCAGUUAGAGGAUUGGCACAGUAGACUGAGUAUGACCUGUCAUAACAUAAAAGAAAAACAAAAUGUAACAAAAUGUGCAGAAUUUGCUUACGUGACCAUAUUUUUUUGAAGUUGUCAUAAACUUAUUUUAUUUUACAGUGAACACAACUAUAAAUGCAAAUGUUUUUGCCCCUAUUUUUAAUGAGCUGAACUCAAAGAUCUAAGACUUUUUCUAUGUACACAAAGGCCUAUAAAUCUGUGUUAGUGAGCACUUCUUUUUUGCCGAGAUAUUACAUCGACCUCAGAGCCUUGACAUAUCAAGAUGCUGAUUAAACAGCAUGAUUAUUGCACAGGUGUGCCUUAGGUUGGUCAAAAUAAUAGGCCACUCUAAAAUGUGCAGUUUUAUCACACCACACAAUGCCACAGAGGUUUUGAGCAUGUUUGAGAUGCUCUGGAUCGGUGUACACGACAGCGUGUUCCAGUUCUUGCCAUUAUCCAGCAACUUUGCACAGGCAUUGAAGCGAAGUGGACCAACAUUCCAGAGGUCACAAUCAACAACCACUGCACUGUGUGAGGCAAAUUGAGGUCACACCAGAUACUGAUUGGUUUUCUGACCCCCUCGGACCCCCCAAUACAAUAAAACUGCACAUUUUAGGGUGUCCUUUUGUCGUUAAUGAAAGUAAAACACAAAAUCAAAAAAGUAAUCACUUGACAAUUUGUUCUAAAUGUGUUUACAAAUAUGUUAAAGGAACACUUAUGAAUAUUUAAUUAAAUAGUAAAUAAGUAAAAGUAACAAUCAACAAAACUAUUAAGAAUGGUGAACACUUUUUUCUAUAUAUUUUAUUUAUAACACUAUAUACAUUAGUUGGAGAUUCUACGCAUAUUCUCCAACCACACUUCUUUUGACACAGUCUGGGGACAGUCCAGUCGUCUUAAAUUGGCCACACUUCUGGCAAGUGGUUGCCUCUAAUAUAAGGUCCUCCUGUAGGGUCUCUUGGGCAUAGCUCCUUGAUUGGGACCUGGUGCCAAGGUUGUGCUUUGCAUAACUGCUGGCUGCAUAAGUGGCAUGCCCUGCACUAUUUGCACACCAUGGACUACCGGCAUGCCCUGUACCACUGGCAAAUACUGGAGCAACGGCACACUCUGGAAACCUUUUAACACCAUCUGCAGUGAGGCUCCAGGUGCUGAUGAUGUUUUGGGUCUGAGGGGGGCUGCUUAGUAGAUUUUGGUCUUUGCCUUGCUUGUCCUAUUGUGCUAUCUGGUUGCUUGUACUGAUGCGGCUGCAUUGGUAGCUCCGGCUCAGUCUGUAGCCGUUUGGCAUGCUGAAGAGGCUCCUGAGCUUCAGGGAGGAGAUGAGGCAAAUCAAUUCCUUGAACUACAACAGUCACUUGCUGGUAUUGCGGUCUUUUCUGGAACCACUGAAUCAGGCUGUUCUGGUUAACCUCCACCAGCUGCAAUGAAGUUCCAAUAAUCACCAAGCCAUUUCCUAGCACAAGCUGCCUUACCUUGUGAUAGUCUUCUAGGAUCAAAGAUCAUCUUGAAUGGGUCUCCCGCAGAUGGCAACAGUCAGGUCACUGAGCAGGUGCGAUGCUUGCACACAGCACACAUCUGGUGGUGCUCUCUACUCCAGGGGUGCGAGUGGGCGUCUUUGGUGUUCUGUAGUGUCCACUCAGCAGUCAGUUCUGGAAUCAAGGUCCAAACACCACCCGCCGCUUGUCCUGGGUAUCCAGGUUCUGCCAAAGUCCAAUACUUGUUUCUGCUUCCUGGUUAGUCACUUCCUGGUGAGGCUGAAGCUCGAUAUUCUGUCAGCCUGUCCACAUGCUGGAAACAUGGCACAUUCUGGAAGUCAACAGCCUAUUAAAAACAAUUACAUGUUUUGCUUGAUAUUCAUUUUUUUCUGAUAAUUAACUAAUUACUAUCAAGUUCAAAAUAUCUGAGAGCAAAUUUCAUGCACUGAAGCAGAUAUUUGCAAACAUCGUUUGAGAUAUUCUAGUUAAAUUGAAACGCAUAAGAAGUAACACUUACCAUCUCAUUAUCAUCUGACCAGCAUCUCCAGGCUCCAAGUGAACAGGUGAGACCGCAGUUGGAGACUGUGACGGGUCACGUGUCAGAAGAACGGGUUCAGGGACCGGUGGAGUACAAAUGUAGACCUGGAUUGAGGUGGCACUGGUUGAAACUAAGGUAGAGGAACUCGUUGUCAUCGUGGUGGAGGGCGAUGACAGAACAGCGUCUACAUAGAUCUCUUAAGCCGAAAGUAUACUAGGGACGUCCGCGUAUGCGCGCCGUCCGCAUGACGUAAUUUUCGUCAUCGAGAGGCAGAGGCGCACCUUGUCAACAGGCAAGGCAGGCAACUGCUUGGAGCCCCGAGCCACUAGAGGGCCCCCGAGUUUGUUUCUCGGAUGGCCAUCUACACCCGGUAGAUGAUCAUAGAUACUCAACAUGACUGCAUAUCAAAAUUCUGAUUGGAUGGAAUGUUGAUUGACAUUGACUUAGCCCAGUCAAAAUCCAACCCAGGUGGAUAACUUGCCAGUUUCGAAAAUGAACGUAGCGAAUGGGUGACGUUGUAUCAUUCAGUCGUGCUGUCGCAGUUGAUCCGUACGGAUCACGACCCACGGUUUGGCUUGCGAUUGCCAGAUUAAUACGCAAAUUUAAAUAGGAAAAGUUUAUCAUUUGCACGUGUUUGAAAGGCUUGCAAAUGCUAACACUCAAAUGAUUUAAAACAAUUUAACCGCAAAAAGGCGCUAAAGUGAGCAGCCUCGUACCCACAUGUGGUUUAAUGUGUCUGGUCCAGCUCCAUGAUGUUUUUUCGAUGUAAAUCUCAAGUUUAAAUUUCAGCAGUUAACUAGUGCAAUCCUUUACAAAGACAAUCGCGGCAAAAACGGAUCUAUAUGCAAUGUAGUUACAAAUCAGUCGCAAUGACCCGUACACGCACAUAUUCAUGUCCGCGCGCGUCUUUGUGUUCAUUCGCGCACAACCGCAUUCAAAAGACGCCACGCGAGUGAGUUAGCUUAUGAAAACAUGACGAGACUAAAGGAAGUUUCUAAAUAACAAUGCAAAUCCUAUUUUGACUCGAUCAUUAUUGGCUUCUGUAGAUGGACAUCAGAAAUGUUUUGUGCAAAGUAGAGAAAGGGAAGAAGAAAUGAGAGAUGAUGAGUUCAUUAAAGGAGGUAAGACAAACUACAUCCUCACCCUGUCAGGUCUCAAACAUUAUCAAACAAAUCUCUGGAAAACCUCUUGUCAAGUGUAUAGAAUUGCAUUGUUGCUGAGAAAAUCAACAGAUGUAUGUGUUAUACUGUUAUGUAUUUUCAGAUAUGAAAUUAAUAUUUAGUUUACUAAUAUUUAACUCUAGGACACUAACUUACAUAACAGUUAGCAGUAACUUUACUGAGAUUAUUUAGUAUAGCAGUCAUAAAAUGACUGGUUUCUGAAAACAUUCUUGUAAAAAUAAGUUAUUAAUCAUUGCUAUCAUUGUAUAAUGUAGAAAAUAUUUCUCUGCUGUCAUUAUUUCCAAACAUGUUAUGCCAUUUAUGCAUCUAAACAUGUUAAUAAUGUUAGGUAUGAUGAAGAUUACACUUGUAUAUAUGUAUCUUUCGCAAUAACUGUUGCACUGUAGAAUAGUGGGUUAAGCAAAGGACAUUGUAUAGAAGUUUUGCACACUUCUUGCACACAGGGAAUUUUCUGCUUGGGGCCCCCAUAGACCCUAGAAUCGCCUCUGUCGAGAGGGUCCGCGCGGACCGUCCGCAAGCGUGCCCAAAAUUUGAGACCGCGCGGACAGUGCGCGUACAGUCCGCGUACAACAGCGCAUGCGCGUGAAAAUAUUUAGACAGUGCAUUCCACUAUAAACAAUUAUACAAAGGAAACAGACAGCAUUUGCACACACACUAUGGUUUUUCUUCUUUAACUUUUACUUCUUCAACGAACAGAAAGCUCUGGAGCAUGUUUGUUUGAUUCCUGUUCUUUGUUGUCUUGUUGUUUGUUCUAAACUGUGUUUGCAAUGGUGGAUGAGUUACUUUUCUUCACCUAUCCUAAUGUUUUAAUGUACUGUAAAUGUCGCCAAAUCAGUGCUGCCCUGACAGCCUGUUAGACUAAUAAUUUGAAUAAGAAAUCAUUUGUAUUGCGUAUAGGGUCGAACGCGGCCAUCCGCGUGUAGCCGCGGGGAGUAUACUCGAAAAGCUGCGCGGACGCGUGCGGGCGCGAGCCGGACGCGGAAAAAAGUAUACCGCGGCCUUUAUUGUGUGAUCCUCAUUGAUGUCAAAGAAGCCGCCUUCUUCCUCUCUCUCCUCCACAUUAAGUUCAUCUAUAAGCUCUGCCCCAGGGUGGUUGAUGAAGUCCAUGCUCUGGAUGGUUUACCACCUCCUGUCAGUUGAUGCAGUCCACAAGCAGGAUUGGGACAAAGAACCUUGACCUUCCACAGCUUAUAUGGCAUCCACAGCAGAAGGGCAUAACAAAAAAUCUGUCUGGAAGUGGAAGUACACAUGGUGCUUGUAACAGCGCAUUAGGAGCACCCUGUGAAACAAAACAUUUACUCCCUUAAGUUACCUUUGUUAAAUAAGCGCUUUAUCCAAAACGACCCUUAAAUAAAAUUUAAGUGUUCAUCUAAACACUUUUUCAGCUGUAGUUAAUACAACUUAGUUUAUCGUGUUUAUCUAUUUAAGUCCUGCAGAAUUAUAACAGUUGUGUAUGCAGGACGACAAAGAAGUAUAAUAAAAAAAACUUUAAUUACAAAAUUAGCAAUGAACACUAAAACAACAUUUAACACAAACUGAGAUAGGACAAUAAAUUAAAUUACAGACAGGGUAUAAAUCCACAGGACAGAUAAUCAAAUCAAACAAGAUGCAGGUGAGGACGAUUGAAAAUAAUGAUAACAGAUUAACAAGACAAUUAACAAGACAAUGAAUUAAAUAACAAAAUAAGGAAAAACGGAGACAUGACUAUGACAAGAAUCUUCGCAAUUCAGCAUCUUAUGCAUAUUUGACUCCUGUUCACCAGUGACUGUAUGAUGUAAAGAUGAAUCUUUUUACAUUGUGAACAAUUAAGAGACUCAUACACAACUACUUCAAUAAAUUAAACCAUUCAGCGAUGCUCAUGACGUCAACACCAUACAAUUAAAGGCAGGUAUAUGUUAACUAUAAUAUGUAAAUCACCAAACAUUAAAACUAGGUUACAGUGAAUCAGAGGUAUGUGAACUUGGGAUCUUUUUAGAAAUUCUGUUAUCAUUUCGUGUUGAAAACUUUAUGUAAAUAUUUCUCAUGUAAAAUAACUUCUUAACUGUAGUUUUGUCCAGUGUAUUUGAUAUCUCAAAUGUUAAAAGCAAAUAAAAGUCAAAAACCCCAUGAAACUUUUAACAGUGUACAAACUGGCCACAUUACAGUCAUUAAAAAAAAAGGUUCUUGUGUCUGUACAAACAUGCAGUGGAAUAUACACUAGUCAACAUUCGAAGUGGAUCAAAACCUUUAAUAAAAGUUUACAUAAAACCAAUCCCUAAUACCCAUUCUUGUCUUAGGACAACUUUGAUAAACUUUUUUGGAUCCACUUCAAAUGUUGACUAAUAUAUUUUGUAACAGGAAAAAGGCAUCAAAUAUAACUGUUCAAUCAUUUAAUGUCAUCCUAGAUGUAACAAUGCACCACUGUUCAGUUAUAUGUGUGGAUUUUAAGAUAAACAUGAAGUUUGAAAAGCUUUGCAUGCAUUAAUUUGUCUGUAUUUUUAUAGCAAUCUUUUGAAACAUUAUAAAUGUUUUUAUUGUUGUUUUGAUAAAUGUAAUGGGCAUGCAAUGCAUUGCUGAAUAAAAGUGUCAAUGUCUUACAAAUGUCACUUACCACACUUAAUUUGGUACAAUAGUGAAUAUAUUUAAAAUAAAGCACUAUAUAGUAUGUAUAGUAUUGUUCUUACUUCAUUAUAUUAUGGUUUUGUGGAAUAAUAAAUAGUGAAAAGUGGCCAAUACUUAUAGUGGUAGGCUACUUGGUAUAGGGGGACUGGACACUGCUGUUGAGCUAGGUUGGUCAGUAGUCAGAUGGUCUCCAUCUUUAGGUUGGGCUUCGCUGCAGCAGACUAGCUAAAUCUUGACUUGGUAAACUGAAAUAGGGCAAAACAUUUUCAAUAAAAAUGUGUUACC